GCCGAGAGUGUGGGACUCUCUUUUCUCUCUCUCUCUCUCACACACAUCCCUCCACUUUUAAAAUCCCUCGUCGGAAUAUCUUCGUCGGAACUUAUCUUCCUCCCUCUCCGCCUGAUGCUAAACACCGAAAACCGUUGCAGCUAGUGAUCGCCGGCUCACAGCCUCCGGAGGCGUUUGUAGUAUUUAUUCUUGGUCAUCGUUCAGGCUCUGAAACCGUUAUUAUUGUACUACUUUAGGGGAGGAAAAAAAAAAAAAUAGCGUCGAUUGUAUGUCGUUGCUUGACUCAUGGUUGAAUCGCUAGGGUUUUCACUUUAUAAGCUGCACGCAAGAGUAGAGAUGGCUUCCAGCUUAAAUAAAAUUCUCUGUAACAGAGAGGGAGUAGUAGAGGCAGAAGCCAGCUCUUUACCUGCUUUCUUCUAAUCUUCCGGAUUGACCUGCCUUUUUCCCAUCCACGACUCCUCUGACGGAAUUGGGGAGCUGAGUGUCGCUUGCGGAUUCGCCAAGGACCGUUUUGGUAGUGACAGAGGCGAACUGCCGUCGCUGCAGAAUUGCGAGGAAAUCGGUCGCUAGUUGACUGUUUGAGGGAUUUCGGAUGAGGAAACUGAAGCGAGGUAUUGGAGAGAUGAGGAUUUCAGGCACUAUUUGAGGCAGUAAGUUCAGAAGAUGAGUCGCAUCAGGGAGGUUAACGGCGGAGGAGCACAAGUUGUAGAAGCAUACGAACGGCGGUCUAUUGAGAGGAGGUCCGGGGAGAUACAAUCAAAAGCUGGCUCGGGGAACGGUUCGAUCAUUGCUCCUCGACUUUCGAUUGACGAGAGCCUUCUCAUUGAUGCUAAAUCAUUGUUUAUAGGAUCGAAAAUUGGCGAGGGAGCCCAUGGAAAGGUCUACGAAGGAAGGUUUGGUGAAAGAAUUGUUGCUAUCAAAGUUCUUCACCGAGGCAGCACAUCUGAUGAAAGGUCUGUGCUUGAGAAUCGUUUUGCCCGUGAAGUAAAUAUGAUGUCCAAGGUGAAACAUGAGAAUCUUGUCAAGUUCAUUGGAGCUUGCAAGGAUCCAUUGAUGGCAAUAGUAACUGAGCUGUUACCGGGGAUGUCUCUGCGUAAAUUUCUGUUUAGUAUUCGUCCAAACAAAUUAGAGCUGCCUUUGGCGUUAAGCUUUGCUCUUGAUAUUGCUCGAGCCAUGGAAUGUCUGCAUGCUAAUGGGAUCAUACACCGAGAUCUUAAACCAGGUACUUUGAUUUAUAUGUCAAGGGACUACUUUCCUAGUUGUAAAUCUUGCAUUGUCCUGAUUAAGAUGGCCGGAUAUGUAUUCUAGUAAUACUGUAAUAGGCUAAUAACUUGCGACUUGAUCCUAUCCCACUCCAAUACCUUCAUUCAAUCAUCUCGAUCGAUUUUUUUCUCUUUGUUUGCUGGCAUGUUUGUACUAUUAAUGAAGCUUUGAUGCCCAUCACUACUCUGUUCAGUUUCCUGAAUUGGUAAUAUGCAUAAGCACUCUUGCAGAUUUCGGUCUGGCAAGGGAAGAGACUGUGACUGAGAUGAUGACUGCAGAGACUGGGACCUAUCGUUGGAUGGCUCCCGAGCUGUAUAGUACUGUAACCUUACGGCAAGGAGAGAAGAAGCACUACAACAAUAAGGUUGAUGUCUACAGUUUCGCAAUCGUGCUAUGGGAACUCUUGACCAACCGCAUGCCAUUCGAAGGCAUGUCUAAUUUGCAGGCCGCUUAUGUUGCCGCGUUUAAGCAAGAGAGGCCCAGUAUUCCGGACGAUAUACCCCCCGAGCUGGCUUUUAUCAUUCAGUCAUCCUGGGUGGAAGACCCAAACUUGCGUCCCAGCUUCAACCAGAUCAUACGCAUGCUAAACGCGUUUCUGUUCACACUAUCGCCUCCAUCACCGUCUCUGCUAGACUCCCAAGCCGACGAGGCAGCGGGGCCUUCGAGUAAUGGCACGGUGACCGAGUUAUCUGCUCGGGCAAGGGGGAAGUUUGGCUUCCUCAGGCAACUGUUUGCUGCUAAGAGGACAAAGAGCUCCUCCCCGCAGUCACAGUGAGCAGCUAAUUUUUGGAGGAAGUAGUACUUUCCUUUCCUUUCCCUCCUCUUUUUGUUUCAGUUCAGCUCAGAGGUACCCUGCCCUUGUCCUCGAAGGUAAUCAAUUGUGAAUUGUCUAUGAUGAAAUCGAUUAGCUUGUACCUGGACUGGACACCCAAGAGCAAAAAAAAAAAAAAAAAAUGGACACGAUACUGAUAGAAACUGAUGGGGAAAUUUAGACAAAAGAAAGACGAAAGAGACAACGACGAUCAGGUAACUGGUAUUGACCCUGUUGUAAAGUAGUCAAGAUGGGUCUAAUUCUAUAACACAAAAGGUAUUUUUUUUUAUCUAUCUAUACUGCUCUUUCCGCAUUAUGGAAUCGGAAUAUGAUUCUUCCACUGUCAUUACCGCAACUGCUGUUGUUACUUGUUGCUGUACGAGCUGGGAAUUUCUGUGUGAUUUCAUUGAUGAAUCAAUGACC